AUGCCCGCCCCCCGUCCGGGGACCUGCCACAUCCUGGGAACCGUAGCGGGCCUCGCCCACCCUUCAAGGCCUGCCCACCCAUCCCGGGACGCCUGGCAGGCCUUGCCCACCCGUCCCGGGAUACCCAUAGCAGGCCUCGCCCACACGUCAAGCCCUGCCCGCCCGUCCCGAGACGCCUGCGGGCCUCGCCCUCCCACCCGUCAAGGCCUGCCCACCCAUCCGGGCCCUAGGGCGGGCCCUCCGGCCCACGCCGUGGCAGGCCUUGCCCACCCGUCCCGGACACCCGUAGCAGGCCACGCCCACACGUCAAGCCCUGCCCACCCAUCCCAGGACGCCUGGCGGGCCUCUGCCCGCCCAGUCCCUGGAUGCCUGGCGGGCCUCGCCCGCCCAGGCCCUCGCCCCCCCACCCUCAAGGCCACCCACCCGUCCAGGGACGCCUGGGCGGGCCUCGCCCGUCCGUCCCGGGACACCUGGGUGGGCCUCCCCCGCCCGUCCCGGGACGCCCUGGCAGGCCCUCGCCCGCCCUCCCGCCCAAAGCCUGGCGGGCCUCCCGCCGCCCGUCCCGGGAAGCCUGGCGGGCCACGCCCGCCCGUCCCGGGAUGCCUGGUGAGCCGCGCCUGCCCGUCCGGGAACGCCUGGCGGGCCUCCCCCGCCCGUCCCGGGACGCCUGGCGGGCCUCGGCCCCGCACGUCCAGGAAGCCUGACGUGACGCUCCCGCCCGUCCGACGCCUGGUGAGCCGUGCCUGCUCCUCCCGGGUGGGACCUGGCGCCCUCUACCAGCCCGUCCGGGAUGCCUGGCGGGCCUCUCCCGCCCGUCCCUGGACCCGGCCCCUGGCGGGGCCUCUGCCCGCCCGUCCGGGGACCUGUCACUUCCUGGGACCCGUAGCGGGCCUCGCCCACCCGUCAAGGCCUGCCCACCCAUCCCGGGACGCCUGGCUAGGCCUUGCCCACCCGCCUCCCGGGACACCCGUAGCAGGCCCUCGCCCACACGUCAAGCCCCGCCCAUCCCUGGAAGCCUGGAGGGCCUCUGCCCGCACCGUCCUUGGACGCCUGGCGGGCCUCACCCGCCCGUUCGUGGGAACGAGCGGGACACCUGGCAGGCCUCACCCACCCGUCCCAAGAAACCUGGUGGGCCCGGCUGACCAGUCCAAGACACCUGUGGGGCCUCACCUGCCCCUUCCAGAACCCCGUAAGCGGGCCUCGCGGCCCACCCGUCAAGGCCCACCACCCACCCGUCCAGGGAUGCCUUGGCGAGCCGCGGGCGAGGCCCCGCCAUGGCGUCCCGGGAUGCCUGGCGGGCCGGCCUCGGGGGCCGCUCAUCGCGGACGCCCUGUCUGGGCCUACUGCCCGCCCGCGGGACGCCUGGCGGGCCUCUGCCCCGCCCCGUCCCGGGACGCCUGGCGGGCCUCUGCCCCGCCCGUCCCUAGAUGCCUGGCGGGCCUCCGCCCGCCCGCCCGGUUGGUGGGCGAGGCCCGCCCGGGACACCUGGCAGCCCUCGCCAAACCUAGUCCCGAGAAAGCCAGGAUGGGGCCCGGCUUGGGACGCCUGGCGGGCCUCGCCACGCCCGUCCCGGGACGCCUGGCGGCCCCCCCCCGGGCUCCCGCCCGUCCCGGGACGCUGGUGGGCCUACCCCGCCCGUUCGGGACGCCUGGCGGGCCUCGCCCGCCCGUCCACCCGGGAAGCCUGGCGGGCCUGCGCGCCCGUCCUGGGAAGCCUGGCGGGGCCACGCCCACCCGUCGCGGGAAGCCUGGUGAGCUGCGCUGCCCAUCCCGGGACGCCUGGCGAGCCGCGCCUGCCCAUCCCGGGACACCUGGCGGGCCUCUACCCGCCCGUCCCAGGACGCCUGGCGGGCCUCUGCCCGCCCGUCCCUGGACGCCUGGAGGGCCUCUGCCCGCCCGUCCGGGGACCUGCCACUUCCUGGGACCCGUAGCGGGCCUCGCCCACCCGUCAAGGCCUGUCCACCCAUCCCGGGACGCCUGGCGGGCCUUGCCGACCCGUCCCGGGACACCUGGUGGGCCUCACAUGCCCCUUCCCGAAACCCGUAGUGGGCCUCGCCUGCCCGCCCGUCCCGGGACACCUGGCGGGCCUCGCCCACCCGUCAAGGCCUGUUCCACAGCCAUCCCGGGACGCCUGGCGGGCCUUGCCGACCCGCCCGUCCCGGGACACCUGGCGGGCCUCACAUGCCCCUUCCCGAAAUCCGUAGCGGGCCUCGCCUGCCCGCCUGUCCCGGGACAACCUGGCGGGCCUCGCCCAGCCGUUUCCAGGAACAGGCGGGCGAGGCCCGCCAGGUGUCCUGGGACACCUGGCAGGCCUCGCCCACCCAUCCCGAGAAACCUGGCGGGCCCGUGGGAACGGGCGGGACACCUGGCAGGCCUCACCCACCCGUCCCGAAAAAAACCUGGUGGGCCCGGCCUGACUCCCAGUUCCCAAGACACCCUGGUGGGGCCUCACCUCCUGGCCCCUUCACCGGAACAACCCGUAGAGGGCCUCGCCCACCCGGUCAAGGCCCAACCCACCCAGUCACCAGGGAUUGCCUGGCAGAGCGCCGGGCGAGGCAACGCCAGGCGCUCCCGGGAUGCCUGGCGGGCCGCUACCCGCUCAUCGCGGGACGCCUGGCGGGCCUCUUGGCCCCGCCCGUCCCGGGACGCCUGGCGGGCCUCCUUGCCCGCCCUGUCCCUAGAUGCCUGGCGGGCCCAUCGCCCGCCCGUUGGUGGGCGAGGCCCGCCCGGGACACCUGGCAGCCCUCGCCUAAACCUGUCCCGAGAAACCUGGAGGGCCCGGCUGACUAGUCCCAAGACACCUGGGGGGCCUCAACCUGCCCCUUCUCGAAAACCCGUUAGCGGGCCUCGCCCAUCCGUCAAGGCCCGCCCACCCGUCCAGGGACGCCUGGUGGCGGCCUCGCCCGUCCGUCCCGGGACGCCUGGUGGGCCUCCCAACCCCGCCCGUUCGGGACGCCUGGCGGGCCUCGCCCGCCCGUCCCGGGAAGCCUGGCGGGCCUCGCCCGCCCGUCCUGGGAAGCCUGGCGGGCCACGCCCGCCCGUCGCGGGAAGCCUGCCCGUCCCAGGACGCCUGGGCGGGACCUCUGCCCGCCCGUCCCUGGACGCCUGGAGGGCCUCUGCCCGCCCCGUCCGGGGACCAUGCCACUUCCUGGGACCCGGUAGCGGGCCUCGCCCACCCGUCAAGGCCUGCCACCCAUCCCGGGACGCCUGGCGGGCCUUGCCGACCCGUCCCGGAACACCUGGUGGGCCUCACAUGCCCCUUCCCGAAAACCCGUAG